AUGGCUUUAUUAGUUGCUGGAUUGCUCCUUCUCGGUGGUAUCGGAGAGAUAGCUGCGCUGGCUCUGUCCGGGGGACGGGAACACCACCAUAAUGGGACGACAGUGACCCUGGACCCGCGAGCAUUUCAAAUAGCCGUUCUCAGCACGAGGCUAGACACCAUAUACCUGAGCGGGAACCCUCGAAAAUCAAGAACGGCUGAUUUCGGUUUCAACUUCCGGAUCCAUGGUGGGGUGUGGGCACCUUGCCCAGUCACGGUUACCGACCCAGCAGAGUGUAUGGUGGGGAGUUGUGUCGAUAACCUUCUCUGCCCCGAUGGAUGUGGGUUUACAGAUGGGACUUUGCCCACGAUUCGCUGCACCGAAGAGGGAAAGCAAUUCUGUUCAACUGCUUACCUGACCAUCGAGGAGGCGGCAACAGACCCAGUGACGAGUUACGCCUGUGCGAGUGAUCAGAGUGAAAACUUCUACAAAGGCUUUACAACAGACCUGCGAGUGGAGGAUUUGACAACGUCGACGUCGAUAACAGCCUCCACGACCUCCGAUGCAGCCACAACACGAGGCUCGACUCAGUCUAGCACCCCGAGAAGCACCGAUCCUCCGUCAGGCAACCCAACACCGGGGCCUGUUGACGGCCCCGAUGCAGAGUUCAAUAGUUCAAGCCCCGCCAACAAUAUAGGCGCCAUCAUCGGCGGGGUGGCGGGUUGUAUUGCACUCAUCGGCGGGUUUGGUCUCGCGGCGGUAUUGCUCCUGCGCCGGAAGAGGAAUGCAAAGGCCAAGGCAGAAUCUGCCUCUUCUAGCGCUUCCUCCGAGGGCGAUGGCGCAUCAUUUGAUGGGAAGCCGGAGCUGGAAGCGGCUGGACGAGCGGCAUAUGAGCGAGCAGAGUUGUUCGGACAGAGCUUGUCUGAGAUGUCCGCUCGAGGACCAGCGGCGUAUGACACGUCGUCUUAUCGUGCCGACAAUCGCCCGAUGACGCCGGUGGAACUUCCAACGAAUCCACGGGCCGGGUGGGUGUGA